UUCUGGGAUCAGAAAAACAACACGAUCCAUAACUGGGACACGUGCGGAAACAUGUACUUUUUAUUCUACGGAAUCCAACAAAAUUUGGCGACGAGGAAGGGACUUGGUCUAACUCUUGUGAAAAAACCAGUGCAUGCAAUUCGAUUUUUAUCUGAAAUUAGCAACUUCAGCACCAGCCGGGAGUUAUCCAACAACAACUUCACUGGAUCUUCUGCAAAUCGAAACGAAUUCGUUGAGAUGAAUUCCCUGGCCAUCGUGAUCUGCAUUUUAUCUUCGAUUUCUCUGGUCCAUUCUGAUGAAAAAACAGGGAGAAAAUUCAAGUUGGUCAAGGAGAAGGAAAUAAUCGGCAUGACAAAUAUCUACGGAAAACUUCUGAAUGAAUUAAUUCAACCGAAGCAAGCGAGUCAAAACGAAAUUCUGGACCAGAUAAAAAUGAUCCACUCAGAUAUGCAACAGUUAGAAGGAUUAUUGCACAUUCAAUACAACGACAUGAUGGGCACGUUGAACUCAUUGCCAUUACUGACUGACGUGCAAACUCUACAGGACCGAUUCCAUCGGCUCUCGAGUUAUAUUAAUUAUCAGUAUUAUAAAUUCAUAUCACGGAUUGAUUCACAAGAAAAGGAUUCCAUUGAAAACGUCACUCUGCUGGAGUUUGCUAAGGAAUCGACUGGCCAGGCAGAUCAUCAUUUGCCGAAUUACCUGCGGGAGUUCAUUGAAUUGAUUAUACCAAGCAACAGAGAACGCGGAUUUCUGAAUUUGUACUCGAAAUACAUUCUUGACCAGGAGCGAAAACAUGAAUGGUGUAACAACAAACAAUCAUUGAAUGAUAUAAUUUAUAAAUCAUAUCGAUAUACCAUGGAAACUGUAAUGAAAGGGCAUCUAGUGAUCUUGCAAUCAUAUGCUAUUCGCAGUGCAUUCGAUCAAGGAAAUUUCACCUCAGAGAUGCGAUUCACAAAAGAAGAGUAUGAGAAGGCUGCCCAUAGCAUCACCGAGAAUUUAAACAACCUAGCUAGUCAAGGAUCUACUAAACUCCGUAGAUGUGAUCCUUCUGUCCACAAAAGAGGAGAAACGUAUCUUGAGAUGGAAAAGUUAUUCCAAGGAAUUCUUGUGAGUAAAUUGAAUACAAAUGCAGAACAUACUGGCAAGUAUGAUUGCGAUCAUUAUCAAGAUGAUGGUGCAGCGUAUCACCCUUACGAGAGAAUUAAAUCCGAUGGGGAUUGGAAAUGCUAUGGACUCAUGUACAAGUGCUUCGAGUCUUACGCGAUAGAUAUUUGUAAGCCAACAACGUCCAAUCGACGUUUCGAUGGAUUUACAGCAGAUAAUCCAAGGGCAGGUUUCUUCCACCCCUGGGAACCGCAUCCCGAUAAUAUGGGAAAUCUAACCAAUUGCAGGGAAAAUAAAUUUUGGACUUAUUUGGACUGGAAUAAUCCGAAUUAUUGGGGAAUUUACGAUCUUGGACCAUGUAGAUGCAUUUGCGAUGACAUCGAGCAUCCAAAAACUCUGCGGAAAUUUAGCACAGAAAUUGUUUCGACUGAUUAUAAAGAUAACAUGGUCAUGACAGGUGUGCGGCUGGUCAAUAUUGAUAAUAUCAUUCAUAUCGAUAUUCAACAAGGCAAACUGAGCUCCUUUGGAUUCAUUGAUCCAUCAACGAUACACUGGAAGUCUCGAGAUGAAGUCCUCAAGGAAUAUAAUAACAGUCUCACUGAACCUAUCACUUUAUCGUAUCGCAGGAGAGGAAUUACUCUUGAUGCAUUGCAUGCUGAAGUAAACCAGGUUCUCCUUGGUGCUAAAUUUCAAUUAGAUUCCGAUGGAAAUGUCGUCUUAUCAGGAAUGGCUGCCAAUUUCGAAUUUGCCACUGGUGACAUCGAUUUAAAUCAUGUGAACGAGAUUUCCUACAACUCGACUAGGAUUGAGAUAGAACUUGAUAAACCUCAUGAGCCUACACUAUCCUUCAAGAAUGCACCGGAAAAGGAAGACCAUGGGCUGAUUAAGUUUCAAACAUCCGAUUGGAUGAAAGAUGCAGCUCAGACAACUGUUCCUUACUUGGAUAUACAAGAAGUUAUUACAGAUCCACCUACUAUUCUGAAAGGAAUCGGUCUUCGUUACAGGGGUGCCCCAGGAUUUGGUGGUUUUAUCGGUUUCGAAUUGUAUUCCCAUGAUUAUGUAGAUUUGAUCAAUUAUGAUGUCACACUCAACUCAUAAUUAAAGGGAUUCUCAAUUAUAAUAGUUAUAAGGUUAAUAUCAACAGCAGCAAGAAUAUAAUUUUUCUUUUUA